AUGGCAGAAUUAUUAAGCGCAGUUAUUGAACGUCCACGUACAAGUUUAUGGCCAGCUGUAUCGGUGGCAGAAGCGACGGACAUGAUUGAAAAACACGUUUGUGUGACGAGCUUGACACGGAAAGUUAUUAAUACCGAAGUCAAAAUAGGAGAUGUUCUAGCAGAAGAUAUAAUCGCUACAAAAUCACAUCCAGAAGUACGCACAUCUAUUAAAGAUGGAUAUGCAGUUGUGGCAUCUGAUGGCAAAGGUAUUCGACAAGUUGUGGCUGGAACUACUGCAGGCGAAUUGAGUACUAUAACACUUAAGUCAGGAUUUAUCUGUCGAGUAAACACAGGUUCUAUGGUACCUGAUGGCGCAGAUGCUGUGGUACAAAUUGAAAAUACCCGUCUUGUUGAGUACAAUAAUCUACAAGAAAUUGCAGUGGAAAUUUUGAGUGAACCGAUAAUUGGCCAAGACAUUCGGGAUAUUGGAUGUGAUAUCAAAAUAGGAGAGAUUUUAUUACACAAAGGAUGCGUAUUUGGUGCAGCUGAAAUUGGCAUUUUAGCGGCGUCAGAAAGAAAACUUGUAGAAAUAUUUGAAAAACCGGAAGUGGCAGUGAUUUCAACGGGUCAUGAAGUGGUAGAUAGCAGUUCAAACGAAUGCCCAUUAGGGUCAGUUCGUGAUACAAACCGUCCACAACUUAUUGCUUUGCUCAAUGAAUAUCACUUCAAGUAUCGCGACAUUGGGAUUUUACCUGAUAAGUUGGGUUUUGUAAAGUUUCGCAUUAAAAAAAAAGAUUAUUCCAGUAAAGAAAAACUCAAAAGUGGAUUAGAAACGGCUCUGACUUUAUGUGAUGUGGUUGUAUGUUCUGGUGGCGUUUCUAUGGGCGAAAAAGAUUACUUCAAAGAAGUACUUGAAAAGCAACUGAAGUUUACGAUAAAGUUUGGCAGAGUAAUGAUGAAGCCUGGUUUGCCAACUACUUUUGCUUGCGGCGAAUGGAAUGCAAGGAAGAAAGUGGUUUUCGCUCUACCGGGAAAUCCCGUGUCCACUUGGGUAACAGCGCAACUAUUUUUGAUACCGGCUUUACGAAAAGUUGCUGGAUGGAAACACUACCACCAUACAGUCAUUACUGUACGGUUAAGUGACGAAAUAGAGUUGGAUUUUCGGCCAGAAUACCGAAGAGCUCGCCUAGAACCAGAUCCUGGAAACAUACCUCGAGCUAUCUUUCUAGAGAAAGACCAAAUGAGUUCUCGACUCUUGUCGGUGCGAGGUGCUAACUUAUUGCUCAAAUUACAGUCACGUACGAAUAUCAAGUCUAUAAUGACAAAGGAAGAAAUUGUGGAUGCUAUUGUAACAGGUCCAAUAUAA